AUGACUGCAUCAGCAUCAGCAACAGUGGCAGUAGCAGCAGUAGCAGCGGCAGCAGCAGCAGCAGGUUCGCUAAUGCCAUUGCCAACAGCUAAUAAACUUACGAUACGUGUCACUGAUGUCAACGAUAAUGCACCAAAAUUUGAAUUACCCGACUAUCAGGCACAUAACGUAGACGAAGAUAUACCAUUGGGUACUAGUAUUUUGCGUGUUAAGGCAAUGGACUCUGAUUCUGGUGCCAAUGCUGAAAUUGAAUACUUGGUAUCGGAUGAUCACUUCGCUGUUGACGCGAAUGGCAUUAUAGUCAAUAAUAAGCAACUCGAUGCAGAUAACAAUAAUGCCUAUUAUGAAUUUAUAGUGACAGCAAAAGAUAAAGGCGAACCAUCCAAAUCCGGCACAGCUACCGUACGUGUCUAUACCAAGAAUAAAAACGAUGAAGAACCAAAAUUCUCACAACAAGUCUACACACCAAAUGUAGAUGAAAAUGCCGGUCCAAAUACAUUGGUGACAACUGUUGUGGCGUCCGAUAAGGAUGGUGAUAAUGUGCGUUUUGGUUUCGUUGGUGGUGGUACUUCGUCAGGGCAAUUCGUUAUCGAAGAUAUAACUGGUGUAAUACGUUUGCAUAAUAAAGCGAUAUCUCUAGAUCGUGAUAAGUAUGAAUUAAAUGUCACCGCCAUGGAUGAUGGUUCAUGUUGUGUGAAUGGUGAUCAAACUAUACAUACUUCAACAGCUGUUGUUGUUGUAUUUAUAACGGAUGUUAACGAUAAUAAACCUGUUUUCAAAGAUUGUGGUACUUAUUAUCCAAAAGUGGAAGAAGGUGCACCAAAUGGAAGUCCUGUUAUUAAAGUCGUAGCCACUGACGAGGACAAGGGUGUUAAUGGGCAGGUCAAAUACUCCAUUGUGCAGCAACCCAAUCAAAAGGGUACCAAAUUUACGGUUGAUGAAGAAACUGGUGAGGUGUCCACUAACAAAGUAUUCGAUCGUGAAGGUGAUGAUGGCAAAUUUGUCUCGGUCACCGUCAAAGCAACCGAUCAAGGUGAGCCCAGCUUGGAAGGUGUUUGCUCUUUCACUGUUGAAAUAACUGAUGUCAAUGAUAACCCUCCAUUGUUUGAUCGACAAAAAUAUGUUGAAAAUGUUAAGCAGGAUGCCAGCAUUGGUACAAACAUCUUACGUGUAUCUGCCUCCGAUGAAGAUGCUGAUAAUAAUGGCGCUAUUGUUUAUAGUUUGAGUGCACCAUUCAAUCCCAAUGAUUUGGAAUAUUUCGAUAUACAAGCUGAAUCCGGUUGGAUUGUGUUGAAGAAGCCACUUGACGUAAGUGUUCGCUAGCUAAAACUUUCUAAUUCAUAUUU